CUGGUUUGUACAUAGAUACAUUAGCAAAAUUAUUAUAUUAUUAAAGUGUGAAAAAAACUUUAGUUUAUAUUAGUAUGGUCUAUUUUAUAAAAGAAAAAGAAAUCAUUUUUAUCAAACGUAAUUCCUCUUUAUUGAAUGAAAUUGAAUAAGCGACAGAACAUUCUUGUGGAUUAACUUUGAACCUUGAUAUAUGAGAGAAAUUAUUUUCGAACUUACAUGACCAGUUUAUUGAAAAAAACAACCUGAGAAAUUUAAUCAUUUCCUUGAGACGUGUAUAGGACCUUAUUAUAAUAUGGCAAUACUUAGUUAGCCUUCUUACGUUCGUUAACAGAUCGUUCACUUAAGUGCUUAAUGUUUUCUUACUGCAAAACACAACCAUCUUCAUCCUUCUUUGUUAAAUUUGUGACAGAAAAGUGGUGAAGAUGUAUAUGACCUAAGAUAUGUGAUGUUUGCAUCUAUCCUUAACUGACACUGCUUCAGGAUAUUAAACAAAACAGGUGUUCCAAUUUUUGUAUUUUGUCCUAAUUGGGUACAGGAGGAUGGGUUUUGAAAUAAAUCGUUUUAGUGGAGAAGUUGAUGAUGAACUUCUAUGUCCAAUCUGUUCAGGUGUCCUGGAGGAGCCUUUACAGGCACCCGCUUGUGAACAUGCUUUCUGUAGUACAUGUAUUCAUGAAUGGAUUUCUCGGCAACCAACUUGUCCAGUUGAUAGACAGUCCAUUACACAAUUGAGACCAGUUCCUCGGAUCCUUAGAAAUUUGCUCUCUAGACUAAGUAUAACCUGUGACAAUUCAAUUUAUGGAUGUACCGCAGUUGUUAAACUUGAUGCUCUUAGCAAUCAUUUAGCAGAAUGUGAGCAUAAUCCAAAGAAACCAGUUCCUUGUGGACAGGGAUGUGGUCUAAUCAUUCCAAUGGAUGAAUUAAAGGAUCACAACUGUGUUCGCGAGCUUAGAUCUCUUAUUCAUAACCAACAGCAGAAGAUUCAGGAUUUUCAACAAGAAAUAGCUGAUCAGAGGUUUCAAAUAAAUGAACAAAAGAGAGAGUUAUAUAUAUUAAAGGACUUCAUGCGUGCAAUGCGAGUAUCCAAUCCUGGAAUGCCUGCACUUAGUGAUGAUAUUGACAGAGAAGAGGUGUCAAGAUGGUCUAAUACGCUAACCAGGGCAAGAGUCACUCGAUGGGGUGGUAUGAUCUCAACACCAGACGAUAUGUUACAGGCAAUGAUAAAGAGGUCACUUUCUGAUUCUGGUUGUCCAGCAAGAAUUGUAGAGACUUUAAUGGAGAAAUGUCAUGAAAGGAGUUGGCCAGCUGGUUUAAGCAGCCUAGAGACAAGGCAGAACAACAGGCGCCAGUAUGAAAGCUAUGUUUGCAAGAGGAUCCCUGGUCGUCAGGCUGUUGUUGUGUUACUUUGUGACAACCCACAUAUUAAUGAUGACAUGAUGGCCGACCCAGGUCUUGUCAUGAUAUUUGCUCAUGGCAUCGAGUAAAUAGCCUUUGCCUAAGGGCUCAUUUAAUUUUAUCAACCUACUGAAAAGAAACUUUUUUAAAAAUGUGAACGUCAAAGUUAAUUAAUCUUUUAUAACAUCCUUUAAAUGUUUAUGAUUUCUUUCAGCAUCAAAAUAUUUAUUAGGUUUAUUUUAAAAUAUUUAUAAAAAUACAAAAAAUAAAAAUAGUCUUAUAAAUAAAAGCACAUAUCUUAACAGAUUGAUUCAUGUUAUUUGUAUGCUUAAAAUGAGAAUGAAAAAGAAAUGUACAGUAUAAAGGUAGAGUUUAGAGUAUUAUUUAUUGAUUUUUUUUUUUAGUUGAUUUCCAAAUUACCAAAAAAUACUUAUCAAAAACUUAUAUAGGACUGUAUUCAUUCUUAAAAAUGUUCCCAUAUGAAAUAUUUAACUUUGAUUUGGUAUCAUAUUUUAGCUUCUUAAUUUCCAUCAAAGUUAAUUUUUGCAAUGCUCUAUUGUAAAAUUGUGACAGUUUAUUGUUUUUAUAAAUGGUACAUUUUUUUCAAUGAUUUGGUUUUAUAAAAUAAUGUGUGUUUAAAAAAAAAUUAAUUGGACUUGUCCAUAGCAAGCAAUUUCCUAUCAUAAUGUACUCUUUUUCAAAAAUCUUUAUUUAUAUAUAUAUAUUAGCCUAUAAUCUUUUGUUUAGUUGUCAAAAACCUUGAAAUAUUAAAACGUGUGUAUAAAAUGAAGUGAGUAAUGUUUUAUAUGUAAAAGACUGAUGGACUCGUGAUUUAAAUUCUUCCUAUUGUUUCAGUCAUUAUCUGCAGAUCCUCUAACAAUGCUUAUACUAAACAUUUACUUUUUCGACUACUAUAUUGCUGAUUGUAUCUAUACAUUAAUUUAAAAAUAAUUAAUGCACUUAACUUAAAUUGUUUUUAAUGGAAGUAGCAUGUGACAUUCAUCUUAGUUUCUCAUAUAUUAACUUAAAAAAAAAGAUGAAAAAAAUGCAUGGUAAUUAUACUCUUUUCCUCUUCCAGACUUGACUGGCUUGCAUUUGCAUGUUUCAUAAAUUAUUGUGACUAUUUGUUUAGUGCUUGAAUCUGUAAAUAAGUUUGUUUUUCAUUUCUUAUGAGAUCCUUGUCCCUUCUCAAGAUUUAAAGAUAUUACUAUAUGUAUGUAUGUAUGUAUGUAUGUAUGUAUGUAUAAAUAUAAAUAUAAAUUCAUUUCUGAUAAUAUACCUCUGGUUUGGAGUAGUAAACUAUUUUAUUGCUAUACCUUAGGAAUCAAUAGCUCAAACUCCACCACUUCUUGCUAAUCCCAUUAGUAUUAUUAGUACUCAUAACAUUUAAUCAUUACAGCAGAAUAAAAUGUAAAUGUAGGAAAAAGUUAUUAUAUUUUUUAGAAUUGGCAAACAAAUAAAAAAAUAAUUUAAAAUGAAUAGAAAGUGUAUCUGUCAGGAAAAUACAAUAAUUAUUUGAAGAUUUCAAGGAUCUCGUAGAAGUAAGGAUUUUUAAAAUUUUACAAGUAAAUUUUUCUUAUUUAAAAAAUAAACUAACCGAUAUUUUAUUAGCCAAGAAGGAAGUAGUUUAUUUAUUUUUAAACUAAAAUAAAAUUUUCAGAAUAAUAUCUGUCUCAAUAUAGAAUCAUGUAACUGAUGAAUUCCAACUUUUCAGCAAAACUAAAAAAAAAAACAUUUAAAAAAUUAAAUUUUCAUCAUAUUGAGACUUUUUAAAAAUCAUUGAGUACUAAUCACUGAUAUAGUAUGAAGUAGAAAAUAUAAUACAAUUACUUUUUAAUAAAAUUCAGGUAUAAAGAAAAUAAACUAAGAUCAAAAUGUUAUUUUGAACUUUAUGAAAUUUUUUUUUUUAUACAGUUUCACAUUGGAACCGAUGAAAUUUAGCUGCAAUAAUUUUUAAAACAAAUUAAUUAAAUUGUCAUGUAAACAGUAUCAUUAUUAACAUUAUUAAAAUGAAUAAUAAUGUUAAAUUUUCUCUAAACGUCACAUGAAUUACAUUCCAGAAAAAAAUUGUUCUGUAAUAAUAAAUUGUUUUCAUGUUUAUUCGUAAUGGACUAGUAAAUUUCAUUAAAAUAAUGAAGUAUUAUGCAAUUUCAUUGAUAUUUGAUUUCAACAGAUAUAUUUGUAGCUACACUUUUAUCUGUGAUAUAGGGUUAUUUUCUAUUAUAUAUAUAUUUUUUUUAAGGAAACAUUUCUAAAUCUUUAAAUUUUUAUGAUUGGAAAUUGCUGCUAUUAAGGAAAUAUAUUGGUAUAACAAAGACUUCACACAAUUACAUUAUUAGCUACUUGUAAUAUAUAAUAUAAGAACUUGGAUACCGUCUGUGAUAUAAAAAUAUAUUGUCGAGGCUCCAUUAAUUUUUUUAUAGAAUAAUUUUUCACUGGUAUUAUAUACAAUUUUCAUACUAAUAAAUAAGUUUGGUGGAUUUUAUUAUGAAAAAUAUUGAUUAUCUCGGAGCCUCAAUUUACUUCUUUUUAGUUAGAAAAUGAAUUAAUUGUUGCCAAAUUUCUAUUUUGUUUUUAGUUUAUUCUGGCUUAGUGCAUCUUUUUUCUAGGAAAAGAAUUUUAUGUAUUUUGUGUUAAGUUCUUCUUGUCUAACAAUGUAGGUUUAGGUUUACUACAUCUAUAUUUUAAUUUAUAAAAUUCUAAUUAUUGAUUUCGCGAUCUCUAAGCUUAUUAUGUGCAUGGCUAUUUUAUAACUAUCAAGCGAUAUCUGUUAUGUUUUUACAGGCUUCUUUGCUGAAGGGAAAUAGGGAUAAAACUUAUGAUUUGCUUUGAUUUCAUAUUGUUUUGUUUUUGCAAAAUAUUUCUUCUGUUCUAUUGAAAUGAAUUUAGCAAUAUAUUAUUUUGAACAUAGCUGUUGGGAUUGAAAUCUUAUUUUUUGGCAUCACUCUCAGUCUUAGUGUUGUGUUUUUUUUUUUUUUUGUGAAACUGAUUUAUUUAAAUGUAUAUUUUUUUACAGAUAAUUUCAUUUUUAUUUCUUAUUUUGUUUUAUCUAAGUGGAUGUUUGUUUCGUUUUAGGAAGUUGUUGAGUGGGGUUGGUCAGAUCUCAGUUUUUAUUUUAACAAACCCCUUCCCUUGUUGAACAUUCCUGUAUUUAACACACUCCCAAUUUUUCUCAUUUUAUUUAAUAACAGAAAAAUAAUUAGUUUAACAAUUAUCCAUAAAGUGUAAAUAGGAAUUUUCCAUAAAUCAGCUAUUAAAUUAUUAUAUUAGAAUCGGUUCUAAAAUAAAAAUUAUUUAAUUAAAAUAUUGUAAGCUCUGUAUAGACUGGAUACUUUCAUUGAUUGUGCAAAAUGUUUGUUUACGGCUAUCAAACACGCUACAGGAUACAAGUUGUACUCUUACUUGAUACAUCAAACAUGAAAAAGUUAAUUAACUAUUUUUGAAUUAAAUGAAGUAUACAUAGUAAAUUUCUUGAUGUUUUUAUCAGAAUUACAAAAGAAAUGAUUUUGUCGGAAUAUUGUAUUCUUCAAAUAUUUGUUUGUAUUUAAAUCAUAAUAUUAUUAAUUUAUGUGUUUAAAUUUCUUUUUUUGGUAUAAAAUUAAACAUAUCAAAACAUACAUAAAAGCUUAAAGAAAUGGCAAAACUUAUACAAGGAAAUAAUGUUCUCGAUUUAUUUUCAACUUCUAUUUUUAGGUAUUUCAUUCUUCUUGUGAUAUUUCUUCUAUUAACAAUUUGAAAACAUUCGUCAAACAGCAGCUAUUUUGGAAAUGUUAUAUUAUUUUACUUUGUAUUUUUCUUUUUUUAAUUUUUAAACAAAAAAUGAAUAACAGUGUUGUAUCCUGCAAUAAUCUAUCUAAUCUGCAACAUUGCUAAAGACUGAAGAAUAGGGUGGAUUUUUUUAUAGUCUAAAAUUUUAUAAGUACUGCUAGGAAUAUUUUCCUGUUGACUUUUUAAGUUAUUGACAAUUUUGAUGAAUGGUUCCUUUUUAUAUUGACAGUAAUUUCUUUUGCCUGUUUGUAAAUUUAUAUUUUUUAAUAAACUAGUUUCUAGAAUGAAAGGUCCAGAGUGACUUCUUGAAUCCAUUCAAAUUAGUAUUGGAUUCUAGUGAUAUCCAGUGAUCAUUUAAUCAGUGUUAUUGUUGAGUGGAUAUUUUGUUUGUUUUUUGUAAUAAAAUUAUAUGAUAACCCUAGUUAUUGUUAAAUUUUGUUGAUUUAAAGUAAGCUGUGCUGUACUGAGAAUGAAUGCUGAAGAGAAAAUUACUCAAUGAAUUUUGUUUUUAAGAUUUAUAAAUUUCGAUAUGUGUUAAAUUUUAGCUAGUCAUAAUUUUAAAAUUAUAUAUAUGAUUUAUUUAAGGAUUUUUAUUAUUUAAACAAAAAAUUCAUUUAACUGUUUUGUUUUACAAAAAAUAAAUAAAUAAAAAUAUUGGAUAUUAUGAUAAUUAUAAUACCUUUGAAAAUCUAUGAAUGAUGAAGAACUACUCAAUAAAUUAUAUUAACUUAGUUUGUAUGGUUUGAUGCAGAAUAUGUAUUAAGUAUUUUCAAAAACAAAUAAAUUUCGUCAUAAAAUCCCUUGUUAUUUUUUUUCUAAUAUAUGUGUGUAUAUGUAUAUAUAUAUAUAAAUAUAUAU